AUGAUGGUUGGUGUUGCAAAGUGCUGUUCCUUUGUCCAGUGUUCAAUUUCAAACCACAGAGGCAAGGAAAAUGAAAUGUCAGGAAAACAUGAUGUCAGGUGACUGAUAGGUGGCUGGAUUGCUUCCAAAUGACUCUUAAGGACCAUCUGCUUUUGGAGUUCCCUGAUAGCAUCGAGCACCGGCUUGAUGAGAAUGACAGUGAGAUUUAACGCAUUACUGACAAGAAAAGGAAGAAAGAAAUUGUGCCACUAAUUAAAAAACCUAUGCCAACGCUAAGGCUGAGGUUCAAAGAAGAACCAGAGAACACCUGGUUGAUAAAAAAAACAACCAGAGAACACCUGGUUGAUUAAAAAAAAACCCCUCAAGAAAUCUGGCACUUAGCCGACACUCAUGAUGCACCAAGUUUCUUUAAAGCCACAAAGACCAUCUAUGGGCCAAUAAUUCAUGGCAUAUGCCCCCUACACUCAACAGAUGGUACCACACUUCUAAAAGAUAAAGAAGCUAUUACACUGUGCUGGAAAAAACACUACCAGCAUCUCUUUAACUGCAACUCCCCCAUAGCUGUUAAGGUCCUCUCACAAAUUCCACAGAAACAAAUUAGAGAUGAGCUUGCAGUAUCUCCAAAUCUGGGAGAAUUGUGUACAGCUAUUAACCAAAUGAAAAACAACAAAGCCAGCGGACCUGAUGGGAUACCUGGUGAAGUCUUCAAAGUGGAUGGAACUGAACUUACACAACAACUUCACAAGCUGAUUGAAAAAAUCUGGGAAAGAGAGGAGAUCACAGCAGCCUUUAGGGAUGCCAAAAUUAUCAAUCUAUUUUUAAAAUGUGAUAGAAUGGAUUGCGGAAACUAUUGA